CCUGGUUGUCCGGUCGGCUUCUCCGACCAUUUGCUCGUUACCAAUAUCAGAGCCGUUAAAACCCUAAAAACCCUCCUCUUCUUCUUCCUUCAGUUUUUCUCAGUCUCCCGAUGUUUGAAAAUUGAAAUUUCAAACGCUCUAUUAUGACACAUAAAUAGAUCAGAUUUAUGCCAUGAUUUGAAAUGGCGGCCAGCAUGGGGAAGACCCAGUUGAUGAUGAAAAUGAAGAUGAUGGCAAGAGGAGGCCACGCCUUUUCUUCAAAAUCGUACCAAAAAUCAGUGCGUAUCGAGAUAAACAAAGUUGUUGUUGGUUCGCACAUUCAGUGGCGCGGAAAGUCUUAUACUGCCUCUGUUGCUUCUUCGGACAUACCAAGUGAUGCCCAGAAACGCCGGAGAAGGGUCUCCAAAGAUGAACGCCAAGCUAUGGUGGAAUCUUUUGUCAACAAGUACCGGGAGAUGAAUGGAGGAAAAUUCCCAAAUUUAAGUUUUGCUCAAAAACAAGUGGGGGGAUGUUAUUAUAAUGUUAGAAAGAUCAUUCAGGAGCUAAAACACAAAUCCAAGAUGUCUUCCUCAGAUAUAAGUAAGGAAAGCCCAUCACGGGAAUCAAAGGUUUCUGGGUCACAAAUAUCUGGGGCUCAAAAGACAUUGUCUAAAGAGGGUUUUCAUUCCAGUCUUGUUGCAACACAAAGUAAUCUGCUGAAAGGGGAGGCCAUAGCCUGUCCUUUAUUUGAGAAACCAAAGGAUAAUGAAGUGAAGGAAGCUCAGGAAAAUCAUCGGCUAAAAGAAGAAACUAAGCUUGUUUCUUAUCAAUCUAUUGAAAUAUCUGAUACUGGAAAUACCAAAGACGUUUCUCCAUCAGGUCUUAAGAAAGCAGAGGAUGAUAAAGAGGGGAAAGCUCUGCUCAAUGAUUUUGAUUUUGUUCCAGCUGAAGGUCAUCUGCUAAAAGGAGAUGUUGAAAAAGAGGAAGCCCAGGGUGGUCAUUCUGGCUAUGCAGUAACUGAAAGCUGUUUGCUGAUGAGGGAAAGUAAGAAAGGUUUACCCACGUGCCCUGAAAAUGCAGAGGACAAGAGAAAAGAGCAAGCUGUCUCUGAAGACCUGGCAAAUGAUGAUAGUCUGGAGUUUAGAGCAGAGCAAUAUCAAGGUUCCAUUGAGCUUGAAAAAGUUGCAAAAGAUACUUCUACUAGGCAAAAAACUGAUGCCGAAGUUCCAAAGAAAUCAUCUUUGUGGAAAAGUCUGAAGUCAUUUGCAGAUGGAUUUGUCAACAUCUGGAGAAAAAUGUAAAUCUUUGCCAAGGUACCUCAUUUGAAAGGAACAUAAAUUACAGAAGUGGGGGACUAGUUGCAAACAACCAACAUAAAUGAAUGAGUGUGGGUCGAAACGGGGAGGCAAUCUGGAAUCUGGAUGCAGAAAGUAGGGAUCACCAAUAGCGAUUUUGAAGUUGCAAUUCGGAACUUCUACGUUUGCAUGCCAUUGAAUGUUACUGGAGAUCAUAAAAAAUGGAUAGGUGUAGUAUGUAGAAGAGAUCUAUGCGACUAACAAAAGAGUUUCAGGUCAAUUCAUAAAAUUUCACCUUAGCUUGA